AUGUCAGCUCUAGCCCUCGCCGCUCCCCUCGUCGUCCUGCACCCGAGGUCCGCAUCCGCGCGGGCCUCGUGCCUCGCGAUGGGCGCCUUUCCGGACGUGGCAGACGACCACUACGACGAUGACGCCGCGGAGAUCAAAGCGGCGAUCCGUGCCGCCCUCUCCUCAGGCGACAGGACGGCAGUCGGCAGGCUGGUGGGGCAGCUGGAGAAGUGCAACCCGACCGAGCGGCCAGCCACGUCACCCCUGCUCGACGGCUGCUGGGAGACGCUCUACGCGAGCGACACGGCCGACUGGACGCGAGGCGCCGGGCGGGUCCGACACCUCAUCGAGAGCUAUUGCCCCGGACCCAACGCGUACGCCUCGGUCUUGCAGGCCGGGCCGCGCGGCAACCGCUGGGACGACGUGAGGGACGGGCGCGGUGCGUACGUGCAGCGAGCGCGCCACCGGUUCGGCUCGAGCGAGGUGCGGGCGACCUUCACUUGGCUCGGCGGCGAGGCGUGGGACAUCGAGUACGUGAGCCGGGCGCGGCUGCUCCUCGGCAUCCCCUUCUGGCGGAGGCGCAUACGCGGGCAGGGCUCCCUCGACCUCGACCACGCCGUGCGGCCCACCUUCGUGGACGGCGGGCUGUGCGUCCUGCGCGUGCCCGCCAUCUCCGCGGCCGGGACGCUGCUGCGGCAGGAGCGCUUCUACCUGCUGCAGCGGAUCCGGCACCGGCUCUGGCAGGACGGCUCCUUCGUCGGCCUGUCGGACGCGCCGCUGAUGGGCUUCGACUUGGACCCUUGA